AUGCAUACAUUUAUAUUAGUUAAUUCAUUUGUAUUAAAAUUUGAAACAACUUGUAAUUCAUCCGAAUUUAUGGACCUAGAAAAUUUAAUUGGAUCACUUCAUAGAUAUGCACCAAAUUAUGGUCAACUAUUUGUGCGCAAUAUGGGUUUGACUACAGGACAACAAAAACUAUUAAAACUAUAUGAAAAUAUCGAAAUAAUUUCAUCGAAACAUAGGCAAAAAGGAAAUAUUUCAUUAAUCCAUGUUAAAAAUGAAUUUUUUGCUAAACAUAAAAAACUUUCUAUUCGUUCUAAUAAUGGUAAAUACAAUUAUAUUGAUUCAAUUCGAAAACAAUUUCAUCUUGCCAUUGUUAUUCCAUUUAUUCAAUCCCAAAUUAACACUUUAAUUCAUCAAUUGGAGUUUGAAAAUAUUUAUUCGCCUUGUCGAAGUCCAUUUAGAUCAAUUGAUUUAAUUUUUUAUCAUAAUGAACAAGCAUCAUCAUUAUUAGAUUAUUUAAUUCGCCAAUUAAAUUACGAGCAUAGAUGUUUUAAAAAUAUUCGGAUCUUUGCCGCAAAUCUAUCAGAAGAGGAGAAUCCAUAUCCUAUGGGUAGUGCUAUUAUGUGGAAAAAAUUAUUUCUCAACGAACAAUUGAGUAAUAUUUCACUACGUCAUCAUGGUUAUACACAUUUUUUUCUCAUGGAACCUGAUACACGACCGAUUCGGCCAUAUUGGUUAGAUGCAAUUGUCGAACAAAUAAUCAAUAGUCACACUAGAGAAUCGUAUAUUUCAACACAAUGGUGGAUGACUGGAUCGAUUUAUCGUGGUUUUGAAUCUAUUGGGCAAAAUUUUUUUCAUAUUAAUGGAAAUGCUUUGUACCAUUUGUCAUCAAGUUUCGUUCAAUUCAUUGAAUUAUUUUCGAAAGAUUUUCUAACUGAAUCGCAACGAGCACUUGGCUAUGAUCUAGGCUUGUUUUUAUAUUUAUUUAAAAAUAUAGAUGAGGGAAAAAAGAUUUGGCACAAGUUUCAAUUUUCAGAUUUUAUCCAAAAUUGCUGGCACACAAGUUGUAAUGAAACGAAUGCAGAAUUUCUAUAUGAAAAUCCAAAUACCUAUCUUAUACAUGGAAAUCGAAUUCUACAGUCGCCGUUGACAAUAUCAACCGAACUAGAAUGGAUCAAGUUCUAUGGAAUAAUAAUAUUUAUUAUGUUUAUUUUAUUUUUAUUAAUGCCUGUAGCACAAAUGAAAUAUUUUCGAUUGCAAUUGCUUUAUGCACGAAAUCUAUUACUGCGAAUAUUUUUUAAAUGA